CUAGCAGCUGGUACGGACUCCGCCUACAAGACCAUAAAAGUCAAGCUAUGCUACUCGCCCGUCAGCCAGGUUGACCGCGCGUGGAGGAAGACAGUGGACAACCUAGCCAAAGACAAGACAUGUCAGUUCAAGAUCGUUUCUAGGCCGUAUGAUAAGCGGAACCAGACCUUUGAGUGGAUGGUGGAGCGUGACGUGCCCUCGGGUACGUACUUCAUACGCGCCUAUGCCUACAACUCCGACGACGUCGAGGUGGCUUACGGUCAAACAACCGAUGCCAAAAAGACCACCAAUUUGUUUGAUGUCCAGGCAAUCACCGGCCGCCACGCGUCGCUCGAUAUUGCCUCGGUUUGUUUCAGUGCUUUCGCGGUUCUGUCCUUGCUUGGGUUCUUUAUUGCCGAGAAGAGAAGGGCAAAACUGUCUGAACGGAAGUGA